UUGCGCGCCCCCGUUACGUGUGACAUCAGGCGCAAAAGCCCGAGACGAUGCACCUUAUCUGACGUUUUCGCAUUCAGCGAAUCGUCUGAUAUUCACGGACACUCGUAUCUCCCUGAUAUUACUGUGACAAACUCGGAUCUAAACGCCUCCGUGAUAAAGCACCGCAGUCGUGUAUAUCAGGGCACGCAGAGGAAAGCAAAAGCACGUAAUGCUUGGCGGACUCGCGCAGCCAGCCUCGGAGUGGGGAAUCGGUUAUAUCGAACUAAGAACGGCGAGACGUUUAUUCUGUGACGGGAGGAAUUCCUCCUUCCCUCAAUCUCGUUUAUCUCGUUUUCAAGUUUCACGUAGAACUCAUCGCACGGAAUAAUCCAAAAUGAGGAGUCUUGGAUUCAUUGUUGUGGCCUUGCUUUGCUCCCUCCUGCUUGUCGAGAGCUUCAAAAUAUCUUCGGUUUACCGGUCUCUCGUCGGUGGCCGAUCUGAUACACCACGUACAGAGAUAACGUCCGAUCCCGACGAAGACGGAAUGACCUCUGAACACGUUGAUUGCUCCGAAGUUAAAUCGAUGCUGGGACGUGCCGUCAAGUGGAUUCUCGACACGUCGAAGAAAGUACCACGUGUUCGGUUCUUCCUUUCAUCGAGAAUUCAACCAACUCCCGUCGAAGUUUACGAGGGCCAGGAAUUCCGAUUGGAUCCAACCGAUUUUCGAAGCGAUCGGAGGACAGUGCUCAUUACACAUGGAUUCAAGUCGAGUGGGUUCAAGGGCUGGGUACAACGAAUGAGAAGCGCACUUCUUUCGUGGGCCGAUGUUAACGUCAUAGUGGUCGAUUGGUCGGGAGGAUCGAAAAGUUACAACUAUCUUCAUGCUGCAAUCAACACUAAAGAGAUCGGUAAUACAAUUGCGAGAUUUCUUCGUGACGUGGUAAACGUGACAAAAUCAGCGGUGCAGUUUCGUCAGCCCACUUGGGGCCCGCUUCAUCUAGUGGGUCACAGUCUCGGAGCUCAUAUCAGUGGAAUAGCAGCUCGCGAAUUUAGAGAAAUGGGAAGUGAUUGGCGAGUCAGUAGAAUCACCGGUCUGGACCCAGCGGAGUUGUGCUUCCAUGACGUUGCGUUGGAAUUCCGAUUGGAUAACACCGAUGCAGAUUUCGUUGACGUCAUUCACACCAGCUCCAAAACGAAGUCUACAUUCGGAUUCGGAAUGCCUGAUCCCAUAGGGCAUGUCGAUUUUUAUGCGAACGGUGGAAACGUUCAGCCUGGUUGCACUCAUCGAAAUGGAUCACUUUGGAAAUAUGUACCAAAUAAAAAAACUCCAAUCGAAAUUGGUAAAUGCAGUCACCAGCGUUCGUACCAUUACUUCACUGAAUCGGUUGUCUCGGCGAAAGCAGGAAAUUGUACAUUUUGGGCAAAACGGUGGGAUCCGAGGGACGCGGACACAUCUCAAGUUUCGUGGGAAACAUGCAACGCUAACGAUUGUACGGAAAUGGGAAUACGAUCGGAAAUGCACGAUGAGAGAGGCACGUUUUAUGCGACAACUUCGGCGACAGCACCUUUUUGCAUUCCACCGUUCCAUAUAAAAUAAUUUUCAUGAAACUGGAAUUGUGAUUUGGACGUGAAACGCUUUUUCAAUAAAGCAAUUUAGACCGAACCAGAAUUUCUCGGUCGCAAGUGUUUGUAAUGGAGUAAUGAUGCGAUUUGAAGAAAAGACAAUUAAAAACGUUUUUAAGAA